CUGGGCUUCCCCUCAAAACAUGGCGCGGCUCGCUUGAGUCAGAAGUCAAACGUGGAUAGCAGACUUUUUUUCCAGAGUAAAUAUGUUAAAUGUGAUUUCGUUUUCGUUCACUUGAUGGAUGACGAAUAACCUAGCAGGGCUUAAAUAUGGGCUUUGCCCACACUUUUGACUCAACGAGCAGUCGCUAACGUUAGCUCCCUGCUACAAGGACUCGUCGUUAGCAUCCGCGCUAGCUCGAAUGUUUCCAAGCUGACCGAUGAUUCCCCAACAGAACUCAAAGUAGGAUUUGCGGGAACAAACAAGCGCUCUUAUCCUUAAACUAUAUGCUUUGUUAUGGCUUUCUAUGAAGUAUAUUCUCAUCCGGCUUUGAUUCGGUACAAAACCAGCGUUUGUACGAAAGCCACAUUAUUUCUGGUUGUUGUUUUUUGCCUUACAUACAUUCCACCUUUGCUGGUUGCUUACAGGAGCCAAGGCUUCUGGAUCAAGAGGAGCACCUAUGAGGAGCAGCCUGUUGUAAGAUUUCAGUACCAAACUCUGCUUGUAGCAUUAACCAGCACCAAGGGAGACUAUGUUACCUGGAGCACUUUUCCACAUUUUAACAACAUGCAAGGGACCAACCUCCGUAUCCCCACUAUCUCAGUGAGAGAGGAAGACCAAAAUGAGGAUGGGAAGUUGGAUCGCCUGAUCUUCCGACUGAAGCUGCCUUUGAAACCUGAGGAACAGGUGUACGGGGUUCAGUUGCUCCUCACGUUCAACUACCAGCUAUUUAGAAUGUCCACAGUGGUGAUGCAGACCUUGGCCUAUAUACAGCAUUUCUCUUCUGUUCCUGGUGCUCAGCUAUACAUCAACGGAGAACUGAGGCUGCAGCAGAGAAUGCCCCUGCCUCACCGAGGGCUGUACAAUGUUUACAAUGUAUCGGUGAUUGAUGGCUCUAGCCCCUUUGCUAGUUCAUAUGAUCUUAUCAACAUCAUUGGGACCUAUCAGGAUAGAAACCUGACCACGGUUCUGUCCUGUCCCAGCCCAGUGUGGAUUGUUGGACGAGCUGCUCGCGCUCCCUUCGAGCUCAAUGCAGACAUCCGCUACCCUAUGGAGGUCAUUAGUUAUCAUCCUGGGUUCUGGGAAACCAUCAAGUUUGCCUGGAUCCAGUAUGUCAGUGUUCUGCUCAUCUUCCUAUGGAUCUUCAACCGCGUCCAGACUUUUGUUUUCCAGAACCAGGUUCUACCUACUGUACCCAUACCACUGGUCAAACCCCAUCUCUCAUAAUGGGGCAGGAAUGGCCCGAUUCUCAUCUGUCACCCAAGAUUACUUCAGUGGAAUGAGUACAAUUCACUACCAAUGCACAGUUAAGGACUACUUUAGCAUGGCAUAGAUAUAGGAGAAGAGAGGAUGAGUAGCAUUUGCUACUUUUUUACUUACACUACACUAUUUUCUCACAGUUACUUGGUUAUAAUACAGUUUGGCUAUGCUACUUUGUCAAACUAGCGAUUCUUCUGUUAACUUUGCAGAGAGGUCAUUUACACAUUGAAUAUCAUUCAAUACCAAGGUCACUUAUGGAAUAACAAAGAUGCACACAUUUAUAGCCUUUUUAUUUUUCAAGGUCUGAUAUCUACACAGAUCCUAGAGGGUGCAGUACUUUUAGUCCGUCAAAAAGGCAAUAACCGAAAUAUUUUUUUUCUGUACUUGUUAAGACAAAACUGUAUGUUGUUGUGCUCUCUUUGUCCCAUAUGUGCUUUGAUUAAUUGUCUAGUUGAUUAUGACCAUUUCAACUAGCUCUAAAAAAAAUGCAUUUGGGUACCCAAUCUUACAGCUUUUGUAUUGUGAAAAGUUUUAGGUUUAGUCUUAUUUCUC